UGCUUAUUCAUCGACAUCUAAUACAGGUAGUCACACUAUCUUAUGGACUGAGUAAAUAAUUUUCAAUAUUGAUUGGUAGUAAGGAAAGAAACUAAGAGAAGAAAAGAAUUGUGAAAUAUUCUGAUAAAUGUAUUUGUGAACACUGUUGAAUAAAAUUCGCUUUAAAUUUUGGGCGUAGUGUUUAUUUUCGAACAAGAUCAUUCGAAGUGUGACAGUUUGGACGAAGGGUUUAUCCCUCAGCUUGUGAUUGCAGUGAAAGUAAUGAGAGUUCAGUUCAUUAAAUCUGACCACAAUUUUUUUGACUCCCGUAGAAAUCUGGAACAGACUCAUAUAUUUCUCCAAUUCAAAUUACGACUACCGAAUAACAAACAUGUAUGGACACUUAUAUAAGAUUUACAUGUACAUGAGCGUGUUGAUUGUUAUUCCACCGACUAUUAAUUGCUUGAAAUAUUCGGAGAGAAGGAUAAUUGAGUUUGAAAAAGGAGAGUUUGAAGACAUGAGCUAUAGAAAUAGAUUACAGAAUAUGGGAUACGAGUUUUUGUUCAAGAUAGUUGACGACUUCUAUGUGUUUGCCACAAACAAGUCUUGGAGCACAGAAGAACAUGAACACUUUAAGCAUAUUAAUGUCGGUAAGGUCAAACAAAUUUACCAGGAUUCAAACAUAUUUUCUGCUACGGGAAUUGAUGUUGGUGCUACUGCAGGUGAUGAAGAUGACAACACAGAUCAACGUCGACCUUCUUUCUGCCAGUGUCCUCCCUACUUUGAUGAGGUGCAAGAGAUAGAUCAGUCAUGGGUAGAAGGUUAUACCGGAAAAAAUGUCGUAAUUGCUGUAACAGACGUUGGUGUGGACUCCGAUAGUCCCAAUCUCCGUGAAAAUAUUGCAUUUGAUUUGUCUUAUAACUUUAUUGAUAAUAACACGGACCCGAGACCUGAAAUAUUUCCUAAUUAUCCGGAAAGUUUACGACUGACAAACCAUGGAAAUGCCUGUUCAGGUCUAAUUGCUGGAAUAAAAGAAAACGACAUUUGCAGUUUCUGCGGCGCCGGGGUGGCAUUUAAUUCAAAGGUGGCAGCUCUGAAAAUAGGUAAAGUCAAGUACUUACAUUGGGAAUAUAACCCCGAGAUAACAGGUGGACUGUAUUCUGCAGCGCUACGUUUCAAAAACCAAGAAAUACACAUAUACUCAAACAGUUGGACCUUCGAUGAACCUUUUAAAACAUUACAUCCCCCAACCGAGCGUGUUUUAGAAGUUGGUUUGGAAAAGGGUCGGCAAGGACUUGGUUCUAUUUUCGUUUUUCCCUCCGGUCCUCAUGGAAACGGAUUUACAAACAAUAUUUUCACAAUUGGAGUAGCUAGUUUUGGAUUUAAUGGUAUCGUGCCUCGGAGGAGCUUUGUUAGUUCAGCAACUCUUGUGUCAGCAUUUGGUCAGGGAAGAAGGAGAAUUGACAAUGGAACGCUGACAGUGACCCAUACUAUUCGUCGAUUAGCCUCUAGAACGUGUGACAACAAAUUUGGAGGAUCCUCCGCAGCAACUGCUAUAGUGUCCGGAAUGAUUGCAUUGACCUUAGAGGCGAAUUCUGCACUCACUUCGCGUGAUAUAAAACAUUUGCUUGUCGAGUCAUCAGGCUACAUCGGAUUAGCAGAGACAUCACAUUUUAAAAUGAAUUGCGCGGGAAAACAUUUUCAUAAGGUGUUUGGAUUCGGUUAUGUACAAGUGCUGAAAAUGGUUCAUCUUGCAAAACACUGGAAAUUCAAUCUGCAACUUCUGAAUCUGACUUAUGUUUGGUUUGAUAUUCAACAUAACCAAACUGAUAUCGGAUAUGAAUUAGUUUCAUCGUCCAAUCUCACUUGCCAACACAAACCAUACUGCAUCGACAAAAUGGAACAUAUUAUUGUCAAGUUAAGGUUUGUAUAUCCAAGGCACACUCGGACCAUUCUGUCAAUUAUUUCACCUUGUGGCACCGAAUCCAUCCUCAUGGAGCACGCAGGUGAACCACCUAAAGAUGAAAACGAUGUAGGCAAAAAUGAAGGGGUUUCCGUAGAUGCAACAUUUCUUUCCAAUCAUUUUUGGGGAGAGGAAAUGGAAGGUAUCUGGACGGUGAAAAUAACUGGACUUGGAGUUUAUUCAUAUCUGUUGUGCAACAUUGAGAGGGCAGAAAUAAUGUUUUACGGCACAAACAAACAUAGAGUCAUUCCUAUCGUAAGGUUGGAAAGUCCAAAUAUCACCGAAUCGUCGGACAGAAAAACAAAGGGGAUACAAGAAGAGAAGGUUAAUGUUGGACGUGUAGUAGGCAUUCCAUUAGGCAUAACAAUUCCACUUGUUAUAAUCAUUAUUUUAUGUUGUUGUAAAUACAAGCCAUGGCGGAAACCUCUCCCAAACAAUCCAAUGCAUGAUAAUGCAAUAGGUGAACAAUUGUUAACACAAAUUAACUAACAAUAACACAACUAUAAUCGUAUUUAUAAUAGAUUUGUUGGUAUAGAGUAUAAUCUGACUAAGAAAAUAGACUUAAGAAAAUUGAGAACGUUACAAUAUGUCAGUACAUUUCGAUCAGUCAAUAUAUGUUAAUUGGGUAAACGUUGUUAGAUAGUGUUUGCAAAGUUGGUGUUUGCUAUAAGUUCCCCUAGGUUUUAUUCGACAGUAAAUCUUGUAUACAAACCUACUAUGCACAUAAAGACCAUAUUGUGAUGCAUAUUCCCUAUGUCGAGAUGUUAGUUAUAAAGAUGUUUCUUAGGUAAUAAUUAGAAAAGUUUAGGUAAUGCAUGUCGUUUUUAUUUUCAAUAAUGUUUUCUUUAUAUGUUCCAAGUUUUAGUACAGUGAUGCUUUUUAUUAUGAAACUCUAUGAUCACACAGUCUUAAACCUUUUAAUGUCUAAGGCAGACUUUGUUUGAUGCUCAUAGUUUCAAACAAUAACUACAUCGUAUAUUUGAAAAGUUUUUGCAUUAGGUACUCUGAAUGUAUUCCUCCGUCUGCAGAUAGAGUUGGGAUCUUUAAUCAUUUAAGUACUUGGGGUUUACCUAUUAGUUUAUUAUUAUAUGUUUUAUUAUUAAGUUUUCUCAAGUUAAUGCAUACUUUGAUAAGAUAUACGUUAUACUUUUUUUCUUUAUUCAGUAUUGUUGGGAUAAGAGUGAGGUUUGUGCACUUUAACUGGUUUAAACCCCCAGUAAGUUUAUAUUUUACUGAUCGUUCCAAGGCGGUACCUAACAAUCUUUGAUAAACAGUGUUUUAUAUAGUAUAUAUUCACUGUGCUGUUUGUGGAGUUUUGUUUUUGUGUUAUAUGUCUUUGGCGUUUUCCCUGUGCCAUUAAACGGGGUUUAUGUUUAAUCGUUUGGCUACUGAGCUUAUUUCUGUAGAUUUUCACAUAAGAAUUAAAACUUGAAAAAGGUCGCUAUAAAGGGGGUCUCAAAACCGAAGUUUUUAUGGUAAAGAUAUAAUUUGAAAAGCCAGUUUAUUUUCUAUUGUCCAGUCUUUGACGAUUAACGUUUGUCGUAUUUACCCAUAACAUUUACGAGAAAGCAUAAAAAUAAAUGCUAGUUUCAAGAUGAAUGCGUUUCUGUAAAUGAAACAGAGACUACUUGUUUGUUUCAGUGUAAGAUCGUGAUAUCUUUCGCCCCGUGAGCAUCAAAAGUUAUAUUUCACGAUGAUCUAUAUGGAGAACUUGUUGGAGUUUCAUUUUUUGUUGGUAGAUGUAUUGGGAUUAUCCAGUAUUUAUCUUAAUUAAUUAUAUCUCAGGAUCAUAACGUCACCCUAAUGCAAAAACUCAAUAACUGCAUCUAUAAAUAAAAGCAGAUAUUGAGUUCUUGCACUAAUGUGACGAUUAUUAAAAUAUGUAAACAGUGAAUAUAAACAGAAAUAGAAACGGGUAGAUGACAUAGGCCAACUUGUAUUCCAUACACUGAUAAAACAUGUAAUGUAUAAUAUGGAUUAGAUGAUACGUACCAUUUUGGUUAUUGCAUGUACCCUAUUAAAUGAUUUAAGAAACGUUUACAUUGAUAAAUAUUACUGGAAGGGACCAUUUACGUUGGCAUUUAUUGAUGCAGUAAAAAUGGUUAAUGUAGUUUAAUAAUUGGAGUAUAUUUAUAAGAUAAACACUACAUUGUUUGCGAAGAAAAACAUGAUAAGCAAAAUUGGACAAUUUUCGUUAUACAGUCUCAUUUUGGCUAGUCAUAAGAUCAACUGCUAUAUAGCACAGCUAGUAUCUAGUAAAUUAAAGAGCUUGUAUAUACAAAAUAGACAUUAUGCCUUACAGUUAUACUCACAACACUUAUUCUUAAUUUUCACCAUCUGUAGAUUUCAUCGAUCAUUAUAUAUGUUCGCAACUGCAAGUCUAUACAUAUGUAGAUGUUGAUUUGCGUAAGCUAGUAAAUGUGACCAUGCAUCGUUGAUAACUUUUUCUUGAUACACCUUGCAACGCAUAUCAAUUAUUUAUUUUGUUGUAUUUGUUACGUUAUGUAGAUAGUGUGCAUUAAGCACUGCAUGUUGUAUUUCAUUUAAGCAUAAACAUAUUGUUGAAUUAGUUUCCCUUAUAGUUUAAAUAAAAGUAUGUAUGCUUUUA